AUGCCUGUGGUUGGCCCCAUCACCAACGAAGUCAAGCUGCGAGCCUAUCCAUCCGCAAUUCGCCCCAUCAUGAUGUACAGAUCGGAGACUUGGGCAGCACCAUCAACGGUUAUGGAGAGGCUUGAUUGCACGGAACGAAAGCUAUUUAGACGGCUACUUGACUAUUUUUGGCCUAGGAUAUGUCACAACGAAGAUCUUUACGCAGAAAAGAUCGAGAAUGUUGGGCAGAGCUACGUUCAAGGACGGCACACCUCGGCGAAGAUGCGGGUAAUCGCGUCAAGCGAUGACAUCAACCCGCCGAUUAAGAGACCAACAUUCCUUCGUUCUAAGGAAAUAGCCAGUUUGGAAAGUUUCAAUCCUGUUAUCGACAGAAAAGUCAAUCAAUUAUUUGAUGAUGUCUUGAACGAGAUUGUCGACUUUUUCCUGUCGGCUACGACCAAGCGUGAGAACGUUUUUGAUGUGAGACGAGAAACAAAGAAAUUGAAGACCGCCAUUGUUCAAUGCAACUUUGGUGACGUAAACCGGUUGAUGAAAGGUGUGCUUGUCGGACUUAACCGGGAAAUUGGUAGGCAUGUGUUGGUCAGGUCCGGUCACACAGACCUCUACGAGGUUAUAGAAGAAUUCGAAGAUUGUAGUAGUAAAAAAAAGCAACUGCUGUUUAUUGAGCAGGCUGAAUCAUUAAGUCCGCAAUUUCUCAACGGGUUGUUCUACUCACUAGCAACCUUGGGAUGUGACAUUCUUGUUCUGCUCUGUAUUUCUACCAAGCCGAUUAUGUUCACUUCUCGCGUGUCACGAAGAUGUCUGGCUUUGCUUCAUACGAAGAGAUUUUACUUCUCAUUGUCCCCUGAAGUCUUUCAUAGUUUGAUAUCUGAUACACUUCUUAAUCCCUCCUUCACAAACCUCAGGCUGCAGCCAGGAUUUUUGAGAUUCCUAAGAUCAGCUUUUCUCGGGAACGUCUUUUCCAUUUCCAUUUUGAAGAAGUGUAUUCGCAUUGCACUGUUGCAGCAUUUUUGGACAAAUCGAUCACCUGAUCCGUCGAGUGAUGUGUCUAGAAGCUUUGUUGACAGUGUAGAUACGUAUAUGGAUGUUCUUAAGUUUCUUCACGGAAAUUUGUAUGCUUCUCGCGAUGAUGGUGAAGGACAAUCUGUUUUUCAUUUUAUUAAGUUGCAUGAGGAUAUACAACUGGGUGGCUUCGACAGAAUUAGGAGUUCGUGCAAAUACAGGGAUUGGACACACUCCAUAACGUUGAUGUCUGAAGACGACAUCGGGAAACUGUUAGACCAGGAAGGGAUUUCAUCAUUCGAUAUAAAAUUGAACGUAUCCAAUCAGAAUUCUGCGGCUGAUCGACGUGAGGCGACUGCAGAACAACUGGUUUCUUCUCUUUCUGAGAAGACUUCCAUUUUAGAGUUGAAGAGUAAGAUGAAAGAAAUUGCUUUGUCUAGGCAGCGCAAUUCGCGAACUCUUGCACGUAAGAAAUUGAUCAGUGAUAUCGAGAACGUUUUUCGAUCCGUACUUCUCCCAUUUACGUCAAUCCCCCACUCCAAUUUGUUUCUCUUUGGAGACAAGACAAUGCAUUCGCUUGCACCGAAUAUCAUCUCUGAUAUUGAACGUUCUCUUCUUGUCUGUCCGGCAAUGAAUGAACACUCUUCGUUGAAUGUUGCUAUCCGGACUCUUGUUGAUCAUGGACUAUGGAAGACUGUACCUCUUACUGGAUGGAGAAAAUUAUUUGUCACCUCCAUGAUGAAACAUGGUUUUGAGACGGACAAAAAGAAACUGGAUUCGAUAUUCUUUGCAUGCGUUGGGCAGUUAGAGCACAUGGGUAUAAUUAAAGCUAGUGUUAAUACAAGGAUGUCUGUUGAUUACGAUGUAGUGCGUGGUGAUUCAUCGUCAAGUAUUUCAACCACUGGAAGCUUCGAAAAUGUUACUGGACCUUGCGUUUCUGAGUCUAAUGGAUCACGAAGCAGCCCCGUAGUCAAGGAAGGUAACGAAGAAGUUGAGUCACUUGAAGAGAUGGCAUCUCUCGAAUCAAGCGGUUCUAGCGUUACUGGAGAGGUUUGUUCAAACGAACAACUUCAUACUCCUGCACACACCCGACGUGCUAUAUCGAAUUUGAUAAAAUUUUCGGCGGCGAUGUUUGUUAUACCUUUGCUAACAAUGUUCACUAUGUACCACUACGUCUUCAGAGACUACUUUCAUUUGCCUCCGGAUCAGGCAAUGCUGUACGCGGGCAUCUGCGGAAUUGCAGCUGUGAUAAUUAUAGUCAUUGUCUUCAUAUACGUUGCUUAUCGGGAGGAAAAGGAAGAUGAGAACACACAAAAGCUUAUGAAGAAAUCGGAAUGA